AUGGCAAACGACCAGGUAUACUACAGUAAAGGUUUCAAGAAAUCUGUAUCCGAUACACAUGCAUGGAGAACAGUUGACAAUUCCACGAAAUUCAUCACCUCGGUGCUUCGACCUGAUUUCAAAGUUUUGGAUGUCGGGUGUGGUCCGGGGCUGAUUACGGUCGAUUUGGCAAAGAAUUAUCUCAACGAAAAUGGCUCGGUUAUUGGAGUAGAACCAACACAAGAGUUGAUUGAUACUGCUAACGAAUUCAAGAACACAGCAGCUCCUUCUUUAAACAAUGUCAAAUUUCAAACAGGCUCAAUUUAUGAGUUACCUUUUGAGGAUAACACUUUUGAUUUGGUGCUUGCUCAUCAAGUCAUCAUCCACUUACAAGAUCCAAUAAAAGGUUUACAAGAGCUCGCCAGAGUCACAAAAUCAGGUGGAUAUGUUGCAGUCAAAGACGCCGAUUUAGAAUCAAUUAUAGCAUCACCAGAAAAGUACGAACUACUCCGUAACUACUUUGUUGAAAAGGCGAAGAAUGCGGUGUCUACUGACAUUAAGGCGGGAAGAACGUUGAGAGAGAAAGCUGUAAAAGCCGGCUAUAAGCCGGAUAACAUUACAACUUCUAAAUCCUAUUGGUUGUUGGCUGAUGACAUCGAAGCUAAAAAGCAAUGGGUUGAGUUAACCAAUAAUAGGAUCAAGAAUGGUGGAGAGGUCAUUUAUCCAAAUGAUGAAAAGAAAAAUGAAGAAGUCAGUAAUCAAGUUAUUUCCAAGUGGGAAGAAUGGGUCAAUGACGAAACAUCUUUAUUCAACAUCUCUCACUUUGAAAUUGUAUACAAGAAGCCUGUAUAA